AUGACCUUAAAUCGUAGUGUACUGACCCCUAAUCGAAUUGUUUGGGAUUCAGAAGUGGAAGAAAUUGUUUUAUGUACUAAUAGUGGUCAAAUUGACAUAUUACUAAAUCACGCCCCUAUUGCCACAACUGUAGAUAUAGGGAUUUUGAGAAUACGCCUUAACGACCAAUGGUUACCGAUGGUUCUGAUGGGUGGUUUUGCUAGAAUAGGAAAUAAUGAGAUCAUUGCUUUAGUAAAUGAUGCGGAGAAGGGUAGUGACAUUAAUCCACAAGAAGCUCAACAAACUCUUGAAAUAGCGGAAGCUAAUGUGAAAAAGGCUGAAGGAAGGAGACAAAAAAUUGAGGCAAAUCUAGCUCUCCGACUAGCUAGAACACGGGUGGAGGCUAGCAAUAUGAUUUCAUAA